AUGGUUAGUCUGCGUAGUCGCGCUUCACCCGCAAACCCUCGACAGUGCUUCCAACCAUCUAACCUUGACCGCAGGGACGGCAAAGAAGGUCCGUGGAGUUCUUUUCGCAUCCAAGCUGGCACGCCUGCCCAGCAGUUUCGCGUCUUGCCCGCCCACGAUCAAUCCACCACAUGGCUGGUGCUCAGCGAAGCCUGCAGCAAUAACGACCAAGACUGCGCCGAAGAUCGCGGUCGAUUAUAUGCGCGAGACAACUCUUCGACGUGGCAAGAGAAAAACUUCUACGGGCUGGAGCCGUGGCUGGAGAGGCGCGUCGGUCAAGAUGGCGAUGGACUCUAUGGAUGGGACGACAUCACCCUUGGCUGGGCGGGAGAUAAUAUGCCUACCCUCAAAAACCAGUCCGUUGCCGGCAUCGUUACAGACAGCUUCUGGCUCGGGUCUUUGUCCUUGAAUCCGCGUCCAGUCAACUUCACCGACUACAACACUCCUAUACCGAGCCUCAUGCAGAAUCUACGCAACAAGACCGACGAUCCCAUUCCGAGCCUGUCCUGGUCAUAUACUGCAGGUGCCUAUAACCAAGCCCCAAAAGUUCUCGGAAGCUUGGUCUUGGGAGGUUAUGACUCCACGCGAUUCAGGCCGAAUGCCGUGACGUUUCCGUUUGGGAGUGAUCAAUCAUUUGAUUUCCAGGUCGCAGUUCAGAGCAUCGCUACUACUUUGGCAGACGACCCUCUUCUCGACACAGGCAUCAUUGCGUACGUCAGCACUUUGGUCCCGGACAUCUGGCUCCCCGAAAGCGUGUGUGAGAAGUUCGAAAAGGCGUUCAAUCUGACUUGGGACAACGCGACCGCACUGUAUUUGAUGAGCACAAGCUUGCACCAGACGCUGCUCGAGCAGGAUCCUUCCGUAACCUUCACAAUUGGCCCUGAGGUCUCCGGCGGUGGCGUGACAAUCAACAUGCCGUAUUUCAAUUUCUACCUGACAGCAUCCACCGAAUUAACCAACGCUUCUUCAUCGAAGAUGUAUUUUCCAUUGAAGCGUGCAGCAAACGACAGCCAAUACGUGCUUGGCAGAGCCUUCCUGCAGAGCGCUCACCUCUCCGCGGAUUACGAGCGAAAUACAUUCAAUCUGUCACAGGCGCUAUAUCCCUCGUCUUCGACCGCCGAAGAGAUUGUCGCAGUUCUCCCUCCCCUUGAAGAGACCACUCCAGGAGCCGGCAGCCCUGGCAAUCCAGGGACCGGCAACAACUCCGGAGGCUCUGGUUCCCACUCCGACAAGUCUAUGAGCACAGGCGCGAUCGCAGGCAUUUCGGUUGGUCUCGCUGUACUUGUCGGAGUAAUCGCCGCCGUAGCCUUUAUUAUGUACCGCCGGAGGAAGGCCAAACCUUCGAAGCAUGAGCUCGCGGAUACGGAUGUUAUGCACCAUGCCACUCAUGAAGUAUCUGGAGAACAACUCAAGGUUGAAAUGGGCGGAGGAAUGUCGCACGAGAUUGCCGGAGACAUGGAUCCCAAGGCUGAGCUUUCAUCUUACGGUCCGCAAAAACCAGUCGAGGCUGAAGGCAACUCAGAGCGCAUCUACGAGAUGCAGGGAGAUGACCCAAGCCCUGCUGAAAUGUCGGGUGAGAACGUGUAUCAGAAAAUACCUCCGUCCUAUGCGACAUCGGAGCCUACACCGCCCACAAUCCACGUUUCCCCCGACGAAGGCACUCUUACGCCUCCAUUGGAGCACUACUUCAACCAAGGAUACCCCCGACAACACUAA